CUUCCGCUUUCCACCGGAAGUCAGAUGUUACACUUCCCGCGAUGUUGGAUACACACCGCGCGAAUUGGAAACUUUUGGCCAAUCAAAUCGCUGCACUGACAACACGGAAGGAACGUACACAAGUAACAGAAGAGUCAAGCCAGACAACGAUAAAGUGAUUGAAAAUCGAGCAUUAUGUCCACAAGGAGGAGAAGGAAAAAGCCCAUAGAUGAAGCAAAGACAGAUAUUCUGUCUUGCACUGACAAGGAUGGGUUUAUUUCGAGAUUCAUUGACAGUUGUAAAGGAAGAGGAGUUUUUGCCACACACCCCAUUGAACCAGGGGACUUCGUCUUGGAGUAUUGGGGUAAACUCCUGACACAGGAAGAAUGCCGGUCAAGACAAUACUCAAAGAUUGAAAGCACAUUUCUCUUUGACUUUGAGUAUCGGAACAAUCGCCUGUGCCUGGAUGCAUCUGAAGAAGAUGGAUCUCUCGGACGACUAGUCAAUGACAACCACAAAAAUCCAAAUUGUGCCAUGAAAAAAAUCAUAGUUGACGACAAGCCACUCUUGUGCCUUUUUUCUCUUAAGAAAAUAGGAAUAGGAGAUGAAACUGAUUAUGACUAUGGUAAAGCAAAAUGGCCUUGGCGUACUGAGGUGAAAAAAACCCAAGCUCCUGCAGCAACAGAAGAAAAGCUAUUGAGUGGUAAAGACCAGGUGAAAGGCCUUCAGACUCCUGCAGCAGCAGUUGAGAAUGAGACCAGCCCUGUUCCUAUGACGUUAAAUGAUGGACCAAUCCCAGAUGAGCCCUGCACACAGGUGAAAGGCCUUCAGACUCCUGCAGCAGCAGUUGAGAAUGAGACCAGCCCUGUUCCUAUGACGUUAAAUGAUGGACCAAUCCCAGGAAAGCAAACUGCUGUGAGGAGAAGCUGGACCCCAGACGAGUGUGCUGCAGUGAACACACAUUUGAAGAGAUUUAUCAGAAGAGGUCAAGUUCCUGGUAAAGAAGAGUGUCAGCGCUGUAUUGAUGCAGAACCUCAAGCUCUCAGAAACAGGGACUGGAAAGCAGUUAAAUACUACAUUAAAAAUCACAUUACAGCCCUGAGAAGAAAGGUGUAGUGUGACAGCACCUAAUGGAACUGAGGUAAAACCGAAGCAUUUGAGGUAGGAUCUUAAAAUGUUUAAUCCUUUAUGUGUUCUGUUGUAGAGGUUUGCUCAGGAUUUGUUACUGUCCCGUGGCCUACAAAUAUACACAUUUCACAUUUCUUAUUUUAUCUUAUUUUUAAUUAAUUUUUAUUACGGGCGCAGGAAAUGUUAUUUCAAAGGAUUUUUUAUUUGUUUAAAUAUCUCUGUAUGAUGCCUUUUAAAUUUGAGUUUUCACUGGAAAAAAAAAAAAAAAACUUAACAUGACACUAAGGAUGCAGUCCUAAAAAGCAUGUAAUUUCAGUAUUUGUACAACAAAAACUGUUUGGUUUAGAUAUAAGUUCAGGCUGAGGCUGUUGUUGCCGCAUAGCGGCACCGAAAACCCUACUGCAUAUUUUUGGAUUAAUCUGUUUGGAAAGGGACUCAGUUUGACAACUGUGGCAUAAACUGUUAAUGCCAACAAUAAAAGUGGUCUUUUCAUUUUUGUCAGAAAA